GAACCCGUGUCCAGCGGCGUGCUGACUCCGCAACUCGCAGUAGAGGACUGCGGACGCGAGGUGUACGCCGAUGGACGGGCUCUCCACGCGUUCCGAGUGUACAACAAGGCCAUGCCAGACCAAGGCGGAAAGGUGGCAACCACAAGUGCAGGAGCAGCUCAGAAGUGGAUCUCAGCCAUUGAAGAGUCCAUCAAGGAAUCUGAGACUGGGGGCAAGCCAGAGAAAGCAUCUGUGGGAGAGCGCACUCUCACUCGCUUGGUAUCCAUUGGUCAAGGCCUGGGGGACAUCUUUACUCGAGAGAUGCAAGCAGAUGUGGACGUGGGAGGGGAUGCGAUUGAGACCACCAAGUGGAGAAUCUUCAAAGUGGCGGACGGCCUUCGGUUCUUCCACGAAGCAUCUGAGGAGGGCUUUGAGUCGCUGAUCAAGGCGGAGGGGGUGGUGGAGGCAUCAGCCGACAGCAUCUUUGAAGUCCUCAUGAGCACCAGCGCUCCCCUCUCCAUGCAGUGGGACACGUUCACAGUGGAGAACGAGGUGGUGGAGGCCGUGGAUGGCCACACGGACAUCAUAUUCGCUAUAGUCACCAACAGGCAGUACACUCACGGGAGGCCGUUGGAGAAGGAGGUGCUGGCCUCACGCACAUGGAGGCGCAACCACGACGGGUCUUAUGGCAUCACCACUUUCAACACCCUUCACGACUCCAAGCCCCCUAAUGCCCGCCGCCCGCGCCUUGAUUUCGCAUGUAAGCACUGCCCUUGCAUUGCAUGUAACCGUGGCUUUCCAAAUAUUGGGGUCAUGGGACAUCUUCCCGCUCACCCCAUCCCCCCCCUUCCCUCCCCCUCCUUCCCUUUCCGUCCCCUUAGCUCCCCAUCCCCUCUGUCCUUUCAACCAGUGGGAUCGUGGGACAUCCUCCCGCUCACCCCUGCUCGCCCCAAGACCGACCACGUGCAGUGCCUCGUGCGUCCCAAGCCGCUCAUCCUCACCCACCCCAUCCCUCCUCCCCCUCCCUCCCUUUCCCUUCCUUUCUUUCAACCAGUGGGGUCAUGGGACAUCCUCCCCCUCACCCCUGCCCGCCCGAAAGCGUGUCCUCCCCCGUUCCCGUUCACCCUCCCCUCCUUAAUCUACUCCUUCCAUACCCCCUCUUCCCUCCCUUUGUUCUCUCCUUUCCUCCAACCAGUGGGAUCGUGGGACAUCCUGCCACUGACCCCUGCCCGCCCCAAGUCGGGCCACGUGAAGUGCCUCGUGCGCCACGUCAUCGAGCUCGGCACUGCGCCCUCCCUCUCCUCCUCCCCCUCCUCCCGCUACACCGACAGCCCCACUCCACCCACCCCUAGCAAGCGCUCCGUCUCCCCAUCCCCCUCCGCCUUCGCCUCUCAGAGCGUCUCCUCCCCCGUGCACUCGGCUCUCCCCAGACCUGCGCAAGCGGUCGCGGGAGUGGCGAAAGCCGCUGCGGGGAGGCCGAUUUCGUUUAUCAAGGGGUUGAUGAGGGAGAAGAAGGAGAAGGAGCUGCCGAAAUUGGCAUCUGUAGCAGUGGGGGGAGGGGUGGGAGGAGCAGGGGGGGUGGGAGGUGGGGGAUUAGUGGAGGUGGAGGAGGAGGCGGACGGGCAUGUGGCGUUUGAGGAGUUUGCGGACUCAUUCCCGUACGCCUCGCUGUGCCGCAUUGCAGGACUGAGGGAGUACUUUGCAGCACAGCCGGCCAUGGAGGAGCAUGUGGAGAGGAAUACCGAGGAGGUGGUCGCUAGCCUGAUGGAGAGGACUGAGAGCCUUGAGGACCAGUUCUUUGAUGCCGAAGGGGAAGAGGCUGAACCCGCUAAGGAAAAGGUGUCAGCCAAGGCGCGCUGGCAGGGGCUCAAGUGGAUGGUGCAGUUUGGCUUCCGCCUGCGAUCCCUGUUCCUGGUGGAGGAGGAGGAGGCGGACAAGGAGCGCUGGGAGGUGCGCAGGGAGCUGCAAGUAGACGCCACACCCACCGACCUGCUCGCGGUGGGGGAGAAGCUGCGCGCGCAGGCGUCCCUGCCGCUGGGAGUUGACCCCAAGGACGCCCAUGCGUGGAAGCAGGCAGUUUCCGAUAACUUCUGUGUCAGAGGGGCCACCUACCUGUCCGAUGGCAUCAAGAUCCCAGCAGCCCAGCCGCUGCUCUCGCUGCUGGCUGUGGACUGGUUCAAGUCGGAUUCGCGCAUUGACAAUGUGGCAGCACGACCCGGGUCUGUCAUGCAGUCGGAGGCGGGGAAGAAGCUGCCAUUCGUAUUUGUGCUCAACCUGCAAGUGCCCGGCAAGCCCAACUACUCGUGUGUCGCUUACUUUGCUGCCGACCGCCCUGUCAAGAAAGAUUCUUUGCUGGGGAGGUUUGUGAACGCGGAGGAUGACUCGUUCCGGAACAGCCGCUUCAAGCUCAUUCCGCGCAUCGAGGAGGGCUUCUGGGCAGUGAAACGGGCAGUUGGAACAAAAGCUGCUAUUCUGGGGAAGGCACUCACCUGCAGCUAUUUCAAGGGGGAGAACUACUUGGAGAUGGACGUGGACGUGGGGUCGUCCUCAGUGGCUCGCAGCGUCAUCGGCCUCGUGCUCAGCUACGUCACGUCGCUUGUCGUGGACCUGGCACUUCUCAUCGAGGCCCAAGCUGCAGACGAGCUUCCUGAGUAUCUCCUGGGCACGAUCACUCUCAUGCGGCUUGAACCGAAGAAGGCGAUUGACCCCCCUCCUGCUUGA